UCACUCAUAUUCUCAAACCCUCUCUCUCUCUCUAAAAACAAAACCCAUAUACAUAUAUUGGGUUUGACAUGUUCAUGUUGAUUUGAUUGUAACAUUUACUUGAAGAUCUCUUCUUUUUCUUCUUUGCGAUGUCUCAGUUAAAGGCGAAGGGCACCAUUGAAAACAUCAAGUAUGAAGAGGAGUUUAUAUUGAAUUCGCGAGGAUUGAAGCUCUUUACGUGUCGAUGGCUCCCCGCGAACCGAGAGCCCAAAGCACUAGUUUUUCUCUGCCAUGGAUACGCGGUGGAGUGCAGCAUCACAAUGAGAGGUACUGGAACGAGGCUCGCGAAGGCCGGGUAUGCGGUCUACGGGUUGGAUUAUGAGGGCCAUGGCAAAUCCUCUGGGCUACAAGGCUACAUCACGAGCUUCGACGAUGUCGUCGACGAUUGCUCCAAUUAUUUCACGAGCAUUUGCGAGAGGGGAGAGAAUAAAAAGAAGAAGAAAUUUUUGCUUGGUGAGUCCAUGGGAGGAGCUGUGGCUCUACUACUGCACAGGAAGAAGCCUAACUAUUGGGAUGGAUUAAUUUUAGUUGCUCCAAUGUGCAAGAUUGCUGAUGAGAUGAAACCACAUCCUAUUGUGAUCAAUAUUUUGGCUAAGCUCAGCACAAUAAUCCCUACUUGGAAGAUUAUUCCGACCAACGACAUCAUCAAUAGUGCGAUUAAAAACCCAGAAUGGCGCGAGGAGAUCCGAAACAAUCCAUACUGCUACAAGGGGCGGCCUCGCCUUAAAACCGGAAGUGAGCUUUUAAUGGCUAGCUUAGAUAUUGAAAAGAACCUUGACAAGGUUUCUUUGCCUUUCAUAAUCGUCCAUGGAGGCGAUGAUAUCGUGACAGACCCAUCGAUAAGUCGAGCCCUGUAUGAAUCAUCGGUUAGUCAAGACAAGACUUUUAAGCUCUACCCCGGGAUGUGGCACGCGUUGACAUCAGGCGAGCCUGAGGAGAACAUCGGCCUCGUGUUCUCUGACAUCGCUGACUGGCUUGAUAAGAGAUCGAUGAGCUCGAGUUUCAGAUCGGAGAUUGAGCGCAAGUCAGGCCACGACCCAAAAACCCUAGCUUCAUACGACGCGAAAGCCCCAUGCUUAACAACUCCAAAUUGACACCAGACAUAUACACAUAUGAAGUUGUAGCUAUCUUAAUUUCAUGAUUAUGUUGUAAUUAGCGCGUGAUUAAUCUGCGUAACCAUUGCCAUGGGUUUGAGAUAAAAAAAUAUCAUGAAAUGUGGGUCAAAGUCCAAAUUGGAGAAGGUGGUGGUCAUGUUAAUUAUGAAAAGGACUUGGUUGUGUGAACUAAAUUACUAUAGGAAUGGUAUGAGCAAGGACUAAUUGAUAAUGUUCUAUUUUCUUGUAA